UGGCUCCUCCCUGCUUCCCUGCUUCCCUGCCCGGGCCCAUCCGCCGCCAGCACUCGCCUGCCUCCGGUCGCGCGAGUCCACGCAGCCCCCCAGGCACUUGAGCAGCACAGCUGCAGCAGGCAUGGCGGCAGGCGUGGAGCAGAGCCAGGGCACCUUCCAGGUGCAAGGCCAGAGCCUCUUCUUCCGAGAGGCACGACCGGGCAGUGGGCAGGUCCGCUUCUCUGUGCUGCUGUUGCAUGGUAUCCGCUUCUCCUCCGAGACCUGGCAGAACCUGGGUACGCUGCACAGGCUGGCCCAGGCUGGCUACAGGGCUGUGGCCAUUGACCUACCAGGUCUGGGGCGCUCCAAGGAAGCAACAGCCCCUGUCCCUAUGAAGGAGCUGGUCCCUGGCAGCUUCCUGGCAGCUGUGGUAGAUGCCUUGGAGCUGGGCCCCCCGGUUGUGAUCAGUCCGUCGUUGAGUGGCAUGUACUCCCUGCCCUUCCUCACCGCUCCUGGCUCCCAGCUCCGGGGCUAUGUGCCAGUGGCCCCCAUCUGCACUGACAAAAUCAAUGCUGCUGACUAUGCCAGUGUGAAGACUCCAGCUCUGAUUGUAUAUGGAGACCAGGAUCCCAUGGGUCAAACCAGCUUUGAGCACCUGAAACAGCUGCCCAACCAUCGGGUGCUGAUCAUGAAGGGGGCGGGGCACCCCUGUUACCUGGACAAACCAGAGGAGUGGCAUACAGGGCUGCUGGACUUCCUGCAGGGGCUAGCAUGAGGCCCUGCGUUGCUGAUGGGGAUGGGCUGCCUGUCUGCCUUGAGGUCUCUCUCCCCUCCAUGGGCUCUGGCUCACCAUGCACAUGCAACAGGUGUGUCUGUCUGUAUGUCUUUCUGGGUUCUUUUGGGGUCUGUCUUCUCUGCUUCUUUCUCUUGCAGUGACGGACUGAUGAGCUAAAAUCAAGAGGAAAAACUCAGGAAUCGGGACGCGUAAUCUGGUGGAGGGUAAUUCUUCUGUGCUAGGCUUGCUGGGCUUUCUUCACUCCUUCCUCUGCUCCGCCCAGCCUUCCCCUCCCACCCCCUCCUCCUCCCUCCACCUCCCAACACACACACUUCCCCCUCUUUUAGGCCAUAGAUACAUACAUGCUCACAUGCAUGCUUACACUUUUAGAAGCUAUCUAUGUUCCCAAAUAUGACCCUUCACUUUGGUACAUGUAACUCUGCAUAGGUACAUGUAACUCUGGACUGACAUGCACAUUCUCAUGUGCAGUUGUGCAUUGCAUGCACAUACACACAUGCCUCCACACAAACACUUGCACAGGUACACGUGCACUUCUAACCAUGCAGCACCUCACUGGCUGGGAAAGUGGGGACACCAUGGGCCAGCCCUUGCAGGAGACCCUUUUGCCAAGCUUAGGGUGUGGCUAGCCUUGGAUUCUACCUAGCUUGCAGCUGGCCCCCACCCAGAAAUGCCACACAGAAGGGAAGGGCCACCUCUCUGCCUCUCAGUUCUUGCUUUUCCCCUUCCUUCUGGAUGUUCCACACCUCCUUGGGUUAUCAAGCCUGGAUCUUCUCAGCCAAGCUUGUUUUCUGCUGUGAGGUUUGGGGAUGGGGGGUGGGGAGACAGAGAGUGGAGGUCGGUGAAAUAAAGUGAUGCAAUUAGACCCCA